UGGUAAAAUCUAGAGUGCCAUGCUAAUAAAAAUAGGCUACGAGAAAACGCUCUCUGCACGCUAUUUCCCUCCAUUCAUCUAUGGCUGCAGUACUUUGACUGGUCAACGUGAGGUGUUGUUGUCCCGACAGCGAAAGACGAACGAAUACAUUUUUCUGCAGACGAGAAAAGACACAUUAAAUGGCUGAUUUUUGGAAACCGUCAGACUUAGGGUCCUGGGUUUUUGUGAAGAAAGCCGCGAGUAUAAGAGGAAUCGGCUACUUGCCUUCAUAAACUUCAACGUAUGUGUAGGAUAUUUACGGACUUGGUUAGCUACUGGGGUAGAGUGAUGUUUCACAACAUUUAGCUAACGUUAGCUAGCUAUCGAACAUUGAUUUGCGAGCUACCAAACUAGCUAACCACGAAAAAUAGCUAGCUAGCUUUACGUUACCAAGCUAUUCAACUUGCAAGCUAGAUUGCAAAGUUAAACGGAUUUAGCUAAACUUCACACGAGAUUGUGGUUGAGUGGUAUUGAGUUGAUUUGUUAAACCCCGUUUCUGCCGUCGUGGUACUAGUUAAUAAGUUAUUUAGACUAGGUAUCACUGAAGACCAUACUUGGGUGCUUGUUAGCCAGUGUUGCCUUAGCUAUGCAGAUCGGUGGUGCUAUCUAGUUUGCGUUUGGUUUCCAAUCUAUGUUUCCAAGUAGUAGGGAUAUUUAUGUUCAGCAUGAAAGUUAGGUAUGGUUAAUUGGUUACGCUGUCUUUCAGAUCACUAUGGACGGGUUGGUUAAAUACAUGGGAAUGUUUAGCCAACAAGAUGGCAGUAAUGGAAACGAACUAGCUUGCUAACCAGUUGUCAGUGUAGCUGGCUAGCUAAUAUCUUUAGAGUUGGCGAGCUAGUUAAUUGGUCACCUAACCUAGCUAGUUAGCUUGCUAACUAUAGUUAUACACUCGACCUUUGCUUUCAGCUUGGGUCUAGCUUCCUCAACCGAAAAUGCGAUAAGGGACGGAAACGGGGGGAGUGUCCCGCUCGUUUGGAUAUCUAGUGGUUCCGUUUGGACCGCUGGGUCUAGGUGAGGCCUGCAGGGUGGGCUUUCACUGGAUAACAAUCCACAGUACCUCGCCGGGUGCGUAUGUGCUACGGUCGGGUUCAGAAGUUCCAGCAGACGCCAGGGCCCGGGGAAAAGGGAUGGAGCGAAUGGAAGUUGACCAAUGCACGGGCGCGGCUAGUGGAGGCGGGGCUCUACGAAGGUCGAAUAGCGCCCCCAUGAUCACUGGCGUCAGCGACAGUAUGACGGUAUUCAGCUCUGCCAGCUCGUCUCGAUACCGCCGGAGCAGCAUGUCCGUGAAUCCUAGCUGUCCUGGACUGGUCUUCCCCCUGGCCCCGUUCUCACUGGUCAGUGAGAGGUCAGAUCACCAAAGGCAGGAUGAAAGUAUGGAGCUCAGCAUGAGAGGAAAUGGUGCCAGAGAGAGUGUAUCUUCUCUUAUCCCCCUUCCACCUAUAAAUCCAUGGCAAGAUCACCUAUCUCUGGGAAUCAGUUCUCUGGACAGUGGUGUUACACCCAAUUCAUCCCCAAGUCCAACACGGAGGUACAGAAAGGCAGCGUUGAGCACUGCUGUGAGAUCACCCGCUUUACCACCUCUCAAGAGGAAAGGAGGAGUCGAGUCUGAUGCCCCACCUAAGAAGCUGUUUGUUGCUGGGGUAUCUGACUCUCCCCAUCACACUGGAUACACAGUCAGGUCAGAACCUUUGUUCAGAGCCCGAAAUGACUCGGUAUUUACAGGUAUUCCUCGAGAUGCAUAUGGAUGUGUUACUGUAAAAUGCAUCUUAAUUAAAAUUAAAAUGGAUAAUUUUUUCCAUGUACUUGAUGUUAUAAUUGGGGGGUGCGUUCUCUUUUGUUUGGACACCCUAGCCAACUGAAAUAUAACUUAAUUAUUAGUACUUCAAAUGAAGGAACUGAAUGUUUAACUAGACCGUGCAAUAAUCAUAGAUACUGGGGGCCGUAUGCUGCAGGCCAGCCUGCCUUGUCCCUUGAACACACUGUCGCGCAGUCCUUUUUAAAAGAUGGCUAUGGAGAAAAGUGUAUCAAAACUGUUUUGUCCAUUUUCACCUCAUUCAGCUUGUAGAUGAAGCUGUAUGAGGUGUAGAUUGCAGCUUGUAUGUACAUCUCAGCCAAAGCAUUUAGCCCACUGGUAUUCUUCCCUGUGAUGAAGCUUCCUUAGCUAGGAUUUAUUUUUGACACAUGGGCUUAUCCUUGAAGAUUGCUUUCAAAGACGGUUAGACAGAAGUGUACAAAGGUGUGCAUAUUAAUAACUGGUAAUAGUGAACUGAUAAGUAUCAUCUAUGUACCACCACGUGGUACCAAGUGAUGGAAACACCCAUAAUGGUAUUCCCGUAUGCUGCAGUGUGCUACUAUACAUUUAAUGUACUACUAUACAUACACAUUUAAUUUUAAAAAUGGCUGCAGCUGUGUUUAAUGCUGACUUGUUGACAAAUGUUGGAAACAUUAUUAUUAAUGAUGUGUUUAUUGUGAUGCUGUUUGAUAUGUUAAAAGGUUAUGCGACUUGCAAUGUAUUUUCUCUGUCUGUUUUACAUUUCUCUCUGUAUGUCUGCCAUCCUCUUUCUGUCAUUAUGCUCAACUCAAACCUUGCUCCCUCCACAUCUCUUCCUUUCCCUCACCAGUGUGUCUCGGGCGACAAGCUCUCCUCCAGAGGCUGUGUCUGUACGUGCCACCACACAGGGGAGCCCCCUGUCACUUUCACCCCCACCUUUCACCUCCCACCACCACCCCACUAUAUAGACAUUCAAACCAGCCGGUCACAGCCCAUGAUGAAGUGGUUAUUGUAAACACAAAAACACAUUUGACCAAACAACUGAGGACUUUGUAAUGGUGGACAAACUAUUAUCCAAGCCAAUCAGAGAUUGCUGUUACACCUAGUAAAGGAAGAAGGGUAUGGGUCUCUUAGCUCUGAUCCAUUCCAACAUAAAUACACAAGUCAGACCUGGACUGAAAGUCAUGAAGAGAUCUAUUCAUGGUAAAGAUGUCUUGUAGAAUACAUAAGGGUUUAUAAUACAUGGUGAUUGUUGUGCAGUGCUUUAAAGAACUGAACUUAUACCAGAGUUAAAAUCCCAUAUGACACUGUUGUUGUACUCAUUAGCAUGGUACUUCAUCGCAAUUGCUUUAGUAUAUAUGUCCAGUUUAAAGAUUUGAUUGUUUGUAAAAGUGGAAGGAAAAUUACAAUGAUCUCAUUAUGAAAUAAAAAUAUCAUAGCGUGCAUAUGCCAGCGAAUCAGUGACUAUAGCAACAGUGACAGAAUCUGAAUGAAAAGGAGAAAUGGGAAAAUGAGUAUGUGGGGACUGACCACAUGUCUACAUAGUAACAGUGUAGCUUUGGAAAACGAGCAUGAAAAUGUGGUCUAUCACCAUUUCCCAAUGAAGUAGAACAGUAUGAGCUCAAAUGUUUAAAUUCUCUAAUUUGCAUGAAAUAUUUAGUACUGUUUGCAGGUUUAGAAUGGUGUGAUUAUACUUGACAUGGACUCAUGGCCAAACUGGGGUUUUCUAGGCUUUAACCACUUCCUGAAGAAUAACAUAAGUUCUAAGCAUACAUUUUGCUUUAAUGCCUUCUGUUAUACAUGCGGUUUACGAACCAGUUCCAACCAGUUGUGAAUGUAAAUUACAUGAAAUAUAUUUGAAGUUCUUCCAUAAAUAUGCAAAUAUGAAUAUAAAGUAAAUUGAAGGUGAUACAAAUUAUGUUUUUGCAUUAAAUGCAUUUUGUAAUAUACAUUGUAUAAACAUGACAGAAAAUCAUGAAGGGCUGGUUUCCCGGGCAAAGAUUAAGACUAGUCCUACGCUAAAAGAAAUAUUCAACGAAGAUCUCCAUCUAAAAUAUUUUUUUAGUCUAGGACUAGGAUUAAUCCAUGUUUGAGAAACGAGUCCUAAGUGUACAUGCAGGACUUAAACUGCAUAGCAGUUUGGAGUAAUAUGCUUAUAAGCCAUUGGUCAUCAUUUUGAAUCCCAGGUUCUGAAACCUGGUUGUGUGUGGGUACUAUACUUGUGUAAUAUGUAAAUAUUAAACAUUGUAGGUUCACUUAAAGAAAUUUGUCUGUUAAGUGAAUAAGUAAUUGUAACGUAUGCAAUCUCAUGACAUGUUUUCCAUGAACCCUUUAAAUAAGAUGUUAAAUUAAUAAUUUCUAUUUUUUUCUCUCUGUAUUUGCGUACAACUUCACAAAUUACAAAGAGAUGAGAAAUGUUUUCUCGAUCAUUAUUAUCUGUUUUACAUUGGAGACAGCCUGUUUGAUAUUUGAAUCUAGGUUUUUGUUUCAGAUGGAUUAAAUUUUGAAUUCAUAAUACUUUGACAGGUAUUUGUACAAUUCAUAUAGACAACAGUGAAAUUGCUUCAAUUAUAGACAUUGUUCACCAUUCAGUGUGCCUGUAUUGUGUUCAUGAUCAAAACACAGAAUGUGAUUGCCAAACUGAAGUCUUUAUCACACACACAUUGAAAACACAUGUAUGUAACUCAUAUGAAUCUGUAAUUUUUUCAUAGAUGUGGUGUUAACCUAUCAUGAAAGUAAUACACACACAGUUAAGACAUUCUCUCUGUUUUUGGAUCUGUCUGUGUUGAAAUUAUAAAUCAUGAUCACAAUUCUGUUUCUGCUCUGAGCUAAUUAAUUGCAUUGUCUCACUAUUGCUGCAACUUUAUCAAUGCAUUCUGUCAUUGUCAGAGUGUAAAUAAAAUAUUGUGAGAUUAUAGUUUUUUUAAGUAUUAAAUGGGUUGUGGUCAUUCCGUGGUGUAGUAAUGGGUACCAUAAGAGAUGAGAGAACAAUCUGUGCAGACACUAGUGGAGUUUUCAUGAUUGCACGUUAAUGAAAACUCCUCUGGAGCAUGAAUUUCUACCUGUGCUGUUGAUUGGCAAAAAAUAUACUAGACCUCUUAAAGGGCCAUUUUUACUGGCCCAAUGUUUUUUUAUUUAGCUCACUACAUAUGCUUUGAAAGAGGUAUUCAUAUGUGUAGAGACUUUUAAAAACCCCAUAUAUGGAAAUUCCAUUGUUUAGUGUUGGAAUGUAAGCACAUUUAAUUGUCUUUUUGUUUGCCACCAAAAGUGGUGCUUUUAAAGUCUUUGGGAGUUGUAAAUAGAUUAUUACAAAUAAUUAUAAUCAAAGAAGUAUUUUUAUGACUUGUAAGAUAAAUACUAUAUAUUCAUUCAUUUUGAGUUUUACAUAAUUGUAAAAUUGAUGCAAAAUGUGUUUCAUU